AUGUCUAGAAAGCAUUUCUUCCCCAAUCCGGAAGGCGUGGUCCUCCACAAUCUCCGCUCGCUAUGCACACGCAACUCCCACAUGGCGCUCGACGAGGCCAACCGAGUCGUUUACAAUCUCUCACACCCUCCGGACCAGGUCACUAUCGUAUCUGGUGGUGGUUCAGGCCAUGAGCCGGCGUGGUCUGGCUUCGUCGGCGAUGGCAUGUUGUCAGCUGCUGUAUGCGGUGAUAUCUUCGCUUCUCCCAGCACCAAGCAGAUCAUGGCUGGAAUACGGAAUGUGCCGAGUAACGAGGGCGUUAUCCUAUGUAUAACGAACUAUACGGGAGAUAUGCUACAUUUUGGCCUUGCUAGAGAGAAGGGCCAGGCAUUAGGAUACAAAGUCGACGUUGUAUGCAUGGCAGAAGACGCCGCUCUGGGUCGCGAAAAGAGUGGCAAGGUUGGAAGGAGGGGUUUGGCUGGCAACUUGCUAGUUAUCAAGCUUGCUGGCGCCGCAUCACAGAAAGGCUGGGCUUUUGAACGGUGUAGGAAGAUUGGCGAGUUGGGUAACUCGCAAUUGGUAACUAUCGGGACGAGUCUUGAUCAUUGCCAUGUUCCAGGACGAGACGCGUUCGAGAGUGUGCAAGAUGACGCUUGUGUAGUUGGUAUGGGUAUUCAUAACGAGCCUGGUUUACGAACCAUCUCCCCAAUGCCUAGCCCUGAAGAUGUCAUCAAAGAGAUGCUUCGCUACCUCCUCGAUCCAUCCGACUCCGACCGCGCAUUCGUCACCUUCAACCCCAACGAUAACGUCGUCAUGCUCGUCAACAACUUCGGUGGCCUCUCAAACCUCGAAUUUGAUGCCUUGGUGAAUCUCGCUCUGAUAGCCUUGAAGCGCGACUGGAAGAUCGUACCAACACGCAUCUAUGCUGGCGUACUAGAAACCUCCCUUAACGCCCAAGGCUUCAGCAUAACACUCGGCAACAUGAGCGGCAUGGCAAAGGCCAUGGAUCUCAAAGACGAAGAUGUCAUGGAACUGCUAGACGCACCUACAAACGCUCCGGCAUGGCCAAAGAACGGUUACCAACCCCUCAACGUCAACAAGGAAACAGAGGAGCUACGCAACAAAGCCAACGCCGCUGCAGCCGACAAAUCCGCGCUCCACAAGGGGCCCGCUACACCACCCUCUUUCAUCCCCGCUCUCCGCACAGCAUGCAAAGCAGCGCUAGAAGCAGAACCCACAAUCACACAAUACGACUUACAGAUGGGCGACGGUGACUGCGGAGAAGCUGUGGCCGGAGUAUGCAAGUCCAUCCUCGCCAAUAUCGACGCCGUGGAAAGUAACCCGCCACCCAUCCUCGCCUUGCUAGAAAGCAUAAGCGAGAACGUCGAAGAUGUCGGCGGCUCUCUCGGUGCCAUUCUGUCUAUCCUCGUCACCGCCUUCACAAACGCGCUGUCAAAAGCCACUCUAUCACAAAACGCACCACUGGAUAUCUCGACGCUGGCGUCUUCCGCAUCGAUUGCGCUCGAGAACCUGAAGAACUACACUAGUGCACGGGAGGGCGACAGAACGGUCAUGGACGUGUUGAUUCCUUUCAUCAACACAUUGGCUGAGAGUAAGGAUUUGAGUAAGAGUGUGGAUGUGGCGGAGAAGAAGGCGGAUAGCACAAAGGAUAUGAAGGCCAAGUUUGGGCGGGCGACAUAUAUCAGUGAGGAUGGGAGCGAGAGAAGUAAGAUUCCCGAUCCGGGGGCGUAUGCGGCCGGGGUUUGGCUGAGGGGGUUGGAGAAAGGUUUUGGUGGGUCGUGA